AUGAGCUCCUACUUCGUCAACCCCCUGUUCUCAAAAUACAAAGGCGGCGAGUCCCUGGAACCGGCCUAUUACGACUGCCGGUUCCCUCAGAGCGUGGGCAGGAGCCAUGCGCUGGUGUACGGGCCCGGCGGCUCGGCGCCCGGCUUCCAGCACGCCUCGCACCACGUCCAAGACUUCUUCCACCACGGCACCUCCGGCAUCUCCAACUCGGGCUACCAGCAGAACCCGUGCUCUCUGAGCUGCCACGGAGACGCCUCCAAAUUCUAUGGCUACGAGGCGCUCCCCAGACAGUCCCUUUAUGGGGCUCAGCAAGAGGCGAGCGUGGUGCAAUAUCCCGACUGUAAAUCCUCCGCCAACACUAACAGUAGCGAAGGACAAGGCCACUUAAAUCAGAACUCGUCUCCCAGCCUCAUGUUUCCAUGGAUGAGACCCCACGCUCCUGGGCGGCGCAGUGGACGACAAACUUACAGCCGGUAUCAGACCUUGGAACUAGAGAAGGAGUUUCUCUUUAAUCCUUAUUUGACACGAAAGCGCCGGAUUGAAGUCUCUCACGCCCUGGGACUGACCGAAAGACAAGUGAAGAUCUGGUUCCAGAACCGGAGGAUGAAGUGGAAAAAAGAGAACAACAAGGAUAAACUGCCUGGGGCCCGAGACGAGGAGAAGGCGGAGGAAGAAGGGAACGAGGAAGAGGAAAAGGAAGAAGAGGAGAAGGAGGAAAAUAAGGACUAG